AUGAGAGGUAUUCAGACUACGGUCCUCGCGGCCAUCGCAACAGUCGUUGUCGCCAAGGAAUGCGCCGAUAUCCUCGUCCCCAGCUACACCCCUCCUCAAGUCGCCGCUGGCUGGGAGGCCCAGCUUGUCGCCAAUGGCUUCAAGAAACCUCGGACCAUACACGUCGACAGUGAAGGCGCUCUGCUCGUUCUCGAUGCUGCUGUCGGCGUGUACCAUGUCACCUUCGAAGAGAAUGGCGGCACAUGUCUGACGCUUACCGAGAGCAAGCUCAUGAUCAACAAUACCCGAUUGACCCAUGGCAUGGCCCUCUCUGAAGACGGCAAGACCCUCUACGCGUCCUCAGUUGACAAAGUUCUCGCCUGGGCCUACGACCAAGAGGCCGGUUCCGUCAAUGCCGACCCUGCCGUCGUCAUUGACAACAUGGCGAACAAUGACCAGACAACGCGUACUCUGAUCAUGUCCCAGGCCUCUGAGAACUGGCUGGUCGUCUCGCGUGGCGUCGACGAGAACUUCGACAUCGACGCUCUCGAUUCAUCUUCGGGCCACGCCCAAGUCAAAGCUUUUGACCUCAGCAAGGUCGGCAGCAACCCAUACGAUUUCAACACCGACGGAAAACUUCUAGGAUGGGGUAUCCGCAAUGCUGUCGCCGUCGCAGAGGAUCCCUCGACCGGGAACAUUUGGGCCAUGGACAACUCGAUUGACGACAUCACGCGUAACGGCGUCGAUAUCCACAACAACAACCCCGGCGAGGAACUGAACCUGCUUGGCACUGUUGCCAAAGAGACCGAUGCCGGAAAUUACGGUUACCCGCGCUGCUUCGCCGUGUGGGAUACAAGCAUCCCCCUCAACGACUCCCUCAAGGUCGGCGACCAGUUCUCGAUGGAACAGAACAACACCAUGAACGACACCCGGUGCCACGAUGACUACGUUGCCCCGCGUCUUACCUUCCAGUCGCACACAUCCCCGGUCUUCCUCAAGUUCGACAAGGACGGCUCCCACGCCCUCAUGUCUUUUCGCGGUAGCUACAACCGCCCCGACCCUGUUGGCUACGCCUUGACUUCGACCGAGUUCAGCAAUGGCGAGCCUGUUGUCAGCAGCGACUCGACUAGCGCUCUCAAGAACAUCAUGUUCAACAAAGACCUCAGCAAAUGUCCCGAUCAGUGCUUUCGCCCGGUCGGCCUCGCCUGGGAUUCGCAGAAUAGGUUGUUCAUGACUUCUGACAGUACUGGUGAGAUCUAUGUCCUCAGACAGAACGAUGCGACGCCCACUUCUACAUCACCAGGCACCAUCGUGACCUCGACCGCCAAGCCUGAUGCCGCCAACGGUAUUUCGCCGUCGAUCGGCUUGGUCUUUAGUGCCAUCUGCGCUGUGUUAUGGGCAGUAAUUUAA